AACGCUCUACAGGCAACUUCCCACUGAAUUUCUAGCUCUUGUUAAAACAGUAGUUGACGCUCCUUCGGGUCCACCCUGAAGCCACGGUCGUUCAGUGUACCGGGGGAGGGGAGGUGGAUGCGGUGCGUCAAGCCGCAGCUCGCGCUCUGAACGCGGACAGAACACGGGUGUUUCUCCGGGCACCACCAGGAUGCAUUUCCACGCAUUUUUCUCCCCGCUUUAUCAGUGAUCACCUCCUUCCUCCUCCUCCUCCCUUCUCUCUCGCGUUCCUGUCACUCUGAUAAACUUGUGCACACUCUCCGGUUUGGAUCUGAGAGGUGUUUAUUUCUUGCAGGAAUGGUUCACAGGAGGAGCGGGUCGCCUCCUCCUCCUCCUCCUCCUCCUGCCGCCUCCUCCUCCCUCAGCGACGGGCAACUUUAGGAAGAAGCGGCUUUUUGAUGUUUUUUUACGGGAUAAACGGAAAAAACGGGAGGACAUGAGCAGCCACAGAGGAGCUGGAGGGAUGGCAUCGAAGGAACGGCUGUACGAGCUGUGGAUGUUGUAUUACACAAAGAAAGACGUCAGCUACCUGCAGCAGUGGCUCGAGGCGUUCGUGGCGUCCUUUGAGAGGCUCGUUGACGUGCAGUCGCUGGAGCCUCGGAGGUUGGAGGAGGGCGGCUCGGAGGUGCCGCUGCUCCCCAGGGAGGUGCUGGUGUUCCUCAGCACCCAGCUAUGGCACAGUGCGCUCCACCUCAGCAGCUCCAUGGAGCCCAACGGCAGCACCCCCCACCCGCUGCUGCUCAUCAAGUUCUUCAUCAUCGUCUGCAGGAAUAUGGAGAACAUCGAUCCUGAAAAGACCCCCAGUUUCGUUUUUGAAAUUAUCAAGCUUUUGAACUUCUGUUUGCAGCAGCUAAAGAAGGACGGAGGGCAGCAGUCGUCCCUGCAGCAGGUCGUGCAGUACGGACUUGUGCUCUGUGAGAGCCUCUUUGACCCUUAUCAGACAUGGAGGAGACGUCUGGCGGGGGAGGAGGUGAGCCUGAUGGAGAGGAACAAGUAYAAAUUCUCCCCGCUGGCCUUGCCAGAAGAGUUGCCUGCUCUGUUUCAUGACAGUCUCCAGGAGAGCGAGAAGAUCCCGGAGCUGCUCACGCUCCGGCUGGUCCACCUCCAGGGGGCGGUGAUCAGCGGAGGGAAGAAAAACGGUCUUCUCUCCAUCAGUCCUCAGUCCGUCGAGGACCUGUUCUCCGUCCUGCGCGGGUGGUGCUGCCGGACCUCCCCCGAUCCCAAAAGCACCCGUUUGCCCCGGCUGACUCUGCGCUGCCUGACGGCGAUGAUCCACCUCCUGCACUCCAGCAGCCCCGCCGAGCGGCAGGUGGAGAUCAGGACCAUCCUGGAGAGCUACUUCCUGCUCCUCAACUGGAACCGUCCGCUGGGCAGCGACCAGGAGGACCGGCUGAGCUGGGAGGGCAGUCUGGUCUCACUCCAGAGCCAAAUGCUGACUGCCGUUCCUGAGAUCUUGGACUGCUCCGACAGACCCGUCCUGCAGGCCGUCUUCCUCAACAACAACUGCUUCGAGCACAUCCUCCGGCUCGUUCAGAACAGCAAGCUCUUUCAGAGCAACAGGCGUACACCGGAGCGUGGGGUCAUGUCUGACCUCACCACACAUUUACUCACAGAUGUCGAAGCGGACCAGGUUUUGGAGAAAGGAACGGACAGCAUCACGGUUCAUGCCUUGGGGGUCCUCACAGCUAUAAUGAGUAACUCACCCUCUGCUAAGGAGGUUUUUAAAGAGAGGAUUGGCUACUCUCAGCUGUUUGAUGUGCUGAGGAGCCAAGGUCAGCCCACCAAAAGUCUGCUGCGGGAGCUGAUGAACAUGGCGGUGGAGGGUGAGCACGCCCACGCUCAUCACCUCGGCAUCAGCAACGACCAGCCUUUGCUGCUGCUCCUGCAGUGGCUGCCUGACCUGUCGGCUCAGAGGGACCUGCAGCUGCUGGUGGCCCAGUGGCUGGCYGCUGUGUGUGGAGGCUCGCUGUCGUGUCGCACCGUGGCUGUGGAGGCUGGCAUGGUGGGAGCCUUGCURCAAGUUCUCUUGCAACCCCAGAAUCUGGACAGGCAGUGCGCGGACUCCCUGCUGGGCCUCCUGCAGGACUUGGGCUCCUUGUGUCUGAGACCAGAGGAGCUGAAGAGCCUCCUAAGGCUUCUGAGGAUGAAUCAGAACAACGGCGCAGCAGCAGGGAGGAUCCAUCCUUAUUGCACCCGCAUGAUAUGCGUGCUUUCAGCCAUGGCAGCCAGGGAAGGCCAGGACAGUGCUUUGCAAUAUUUUGACCUCACACCCCCCAUGGCAGGGAUCAUGGUCCCGACAAUCCAGCGCUGGCCAGGCAGCGGGUUCGCCUUCCAUGCUUGGCUCUGCCUUAACAUGGACUUCCCGUCUUCCCAUCCCUCGGAGCUUUCCAACAACCAUAAACAUCCCGACACCUCCGCCCCGGGGGCUCCUCACGACAUGGGAAAAGGGCCGCGCAGGAAACAACUCUACAGUUUUUUCACAGCAAGUGGAACUGGUCUGGAGGCUUUCUUCAACAUGGAGGGCGUGCUGGUUGUGGCCGUUUGCACUAAGAAAGACUACAUGGCUGUUGCUYUGCCCGAGUACCGACUAGCUGACUCAUGCUGGCAUUCAGUGGCUAUAGUCCACAUCCCAGGUCGUCGUCCCUUUGGCCAGAAUCUGGUCACGAUUUACAUCGAUGGAGAGCAGAGAAAAACUGCUCAGCUUCGCUUCCCGUCUUUCAGUGAGCCUUUUAUCUACUGCUGCAUCGGCUCCGCAGGCCAACGCACCACUACCACCACCACCUCCCCGAACCUCCCCGUGUCCGUCACCUCCAGCUCCUCGUCCCCCGAAUUCGCCUUCCCCGCCCACGCUCCCUCMCUCAUYCGUUCCCAGUCCUUCCCGGCCUCGAUGGCGACAGGCCGCGGGGGGUCGAUGGAGUCCACGGUGCACACCAUUUCAGCAGGACUGCAGGACACGGAGUGGGGCUCGCCCACGUCUUUAGACGGGCUGCUGGGCACUGCCUUCAUCUGUCACGAGGCUCUGCAGCCAACCCAGGCCAGAGCUCUGCAUGCCGCAGGUCCUAAUCAUGUGGCUUUAUUCAAAGCGGAUGGAGAGUUAUCUGAUCUGAACAGCAAGCUUCUGCUGUACUACACUCCACAGGCAUUUAAGAGUCAGAUAUGUCUGGACUUGGCACCCAAUCACCUUCAUGAUGGCAGGCUGACAGGACACAGAGUGAUGAACCAGGACCUCAAGGAUGUUGUAAACGUGGUUGGAGGAAUUGGAGUUUUGCUGCCUCUGCUGGAGCAGGUGUGCGAGGCGGAGCAGGUGUACAACGGYGGUCCGGAGACCUCAGACUUGCUGGGACCGGAGCUCACCUCCCCCAGAGGCCCCGCCGCCAUGCUGCUGCCUCUGAACAAAUCUGCAGAGGGCAGACUAGAGAGAAACAGCAUUGCUGCCUUCCUGCUGAUGGUGAAGAAUCUGAUUCGUCAUCACCCCAUCAAUCAGGAGAGCCUGCUGCAGUGCCAGGGGCCGAGCAUCAUCGGAGCCAUGCUCAGCAAAGUUUCGGGCAACAUGAUGGACAUGAACGCUUUGAUGGCGUGUCAGCUGCUGCUGGAGCAGGUUUUCAGCGAGGGCAACAGCCCGCUGCUGCAGCAGCUCUACCAGCACCUGCUCUUCAAUUUCCGCAUCUGGACCAGAAGCAAUUUUGCCGUCUGUUUGGCACAYGUUCAGUACAUGUCAUCUGUGAUCAACAAAAGCAAGCAGCGCAUGAAGAAGAAGUACGGCGUACAGUAUCUUCUGGACACCAUUCGGACGCACUACAGUGUGGAGGAAGACGGCAGCCCUCUGUCUGACGAGAAGCAAACCAUUCAGACGUCUCUCUUCGCCUUGCUGAAAGACUUUCUCAAGUCUCCGACUGCGGACGAGCUUCACAGCGUCCUGGCUUAUAUCCUGACUGCUCGAGAGGAGCAGCAGGUGGUGAAGGCCCUGGACGUUCUGUACGAGCUGCUGAGGAGCAGCCCCCCUCGUGAGCAGGUGCAGGCCGUGCUGCUGGAGUGGGGCGUGGAGCAGCUGUACUGCUUGCUGCUCACGCCGAGCUUCGGAGAUGAGGCCCGGGAGAGGGUGUUCAGGGUUUUAUGCAAAAUCCUCAAGAGUGAGAAAGUAUCUGAGCGCAACAAGCAGCGCAUCAAGCUGAAGGAUUCCGGAUAUGUCGGCCUGGUUUGCUUUCUGGACGGUGCUCCUGUCACGAUGACCACCGURCGCUGUUUGUACAAACAGGUCCUCGCCACAGACCAGAGUCCUAAUUUCAGAGACCUCCUGGCUGUCGUGUGUCUGUCUCAUCGAGCCGAACUCACCGUCCGACUGGACGUCUGUCGAAAGCUCUUUCAUCUGAUCCACGCCAACGAUGACUACGUCAAGCAGCUCGCCAAGCAGCCGGGCUGGCAGGACAUUCUGACCAAACUCUACGUGAAGGAGUUCUACGAGUCCCACGAGUCCCACGCCGCCGGCAUCUCGGAGUCCGGCAGCCAGGGCUCCUUCAUGCAGAACUUCCGGCCRCAGCUGCGCCGCGACCCGUCCGUCACCGAGGACACCCGCGCCGGCAUCUUCAUGAACUACCGCAACUCCCAGGACAUCGAGGACGAGGAGGACGAGUGCGGCCAGCGGGACGUCUCGGAGGGGUUCUCGGAUCUGUCCCAGUCGCCCCCCAGCGGGGGCGGGGCCACGCUGAAGGACUUCACCGGCUCCAUUCACUUCAAGUCCUUCGACUCUGUGGACCAGGGCAGCCACUCGUCUUCGGCCUCCAACGCCGUUGACAUUGCUUCGCCGCAGACAGAAGACGAGGGGCGGGACUACCAUCCGCUGUCCCCCUUCGGCACGUCGCCCUUUGAUAUAGAGCUGGGGUGCACGGGGUACACCGAGCCUCACACCCCUGUGGGGAGUCUGGGCAACACACCAUCCCCGCUAGAGCACUCGAAAGCCUUCCCUCCUCUCAGGCCGAGGAAGAGCUCCAGCUUGUCCAACGUGCUGGACGAUGCCAGCUACGGGACAGACCCUCCUACUGGAGACACCAUUUCCAACACGUCCAACCCUCAGACCCCCGAGGAGGAGCUGUGCAACCUGCUGACCAACAUCGUCUUCUGUGUGCUGUGGAGCGGGGCCGAGGGGCCGGAGGACGUGGUGUGGAGGGAGAGGGGGCAGGUGUUUUCUGUCCUCACCAAGCUGGGCUCGUCCUGCCAGCUGGUUCGUCCUCCCGAYGAAAUAAAACGCAGUCUGCUGGAGAUGAUGCUGGAGUCCUCCCUGUCAGACCUGCGGGACGCACAGGGAGUGACUCUGCCCUUCUGUCCCAGUCUGGUUCGGCUCCUCAGACUGCUGCAGGACUUCCUGUUUGCUGAGGGAACGGACAACCGCACAUUGUGGAGCGAAAAGAUUUUCGAGGGGGUGGUGAACCUGCUGGACAGGUUGCAGGCCUGGCACAGCACCCCUGGCAGUCCAGGAAACACGGAGCUGAAGGAGAUGGCUCAGAUCGGCCUGCGGAUCAUCAUGGAGUACAUCCAGCAGCGGAACUCACAGCUGUGUGAGAUGGCCUACUUGAAGCURCACAGCCUCCUCCAGACGGUCCUCUGCCUCAGCUGGGAGGAGGUUUGCUUCCUGCUGGGGAAGCUUGGCGCCCCCCUGUGGCCAGGUGGUGAACUGGACGACGCCGACAACGGCCCGUCUGAGACUUUCUCCCAGCUGGUGCCCAUCGUUCGCACGCUCCUCGACCAGCACGCCGACCCCGUCGUCCUCCAGGACCACCUGCCCAACCUGCCCCUCACCAACGGCAGCACCACCUUCGCCCAGGACCUGAAGGCGUACUGCCAGACGCUGGAGUGGAGAGGUUUUUACCAGCAGCAGGUCCUGCCCGCCAUGGAGCAGUACGAGCUGGACACGUUCGGGAGGAGCCACGACAUCAUGUCUAAUUUCUGGAACUCCUGCUUCGAUGACCUGAUGAGCACGGCCUUCAAACGAGACAAGGACACGUCCGACAGCAAGUCCAAGUUCCAGGAAGUGAUCGUGGACCCCUACCUGAAGCGGGUCCGCAGCGAGAACAACCGGUACCACAUGUGUCAGAAACAGGGCUCCGGCCAGCAGGGGGUGGUGUGGCAGCACUGGAGAGCUCUCCGCAGGCUGUUCACCUGCGAGAGAGGAGCCUGGGCCAACAGAGUCCAGCCGGAGGUGAAGUGGAAACUGUCCAGCGCCGAAACGUACUCCAAGAUGCGUCUCAAACUGGUUCCCAACUACGACCACGACACCCACAGUGAGGCCAGCGCUCUGAGGGACAACAUGGGAGCUGAAAGCCCCCGCAGCUCGGAGCCCCUCCCCCUGGCUGUUGCCAAAGAGGCGAAAGUGAGAAACAUGGAGGAUGACCAUUUAGAAGAAGAGGACCUGGUCUUUUUGGACAACAAAGGGGAAGGAGAAGACGAGAGCCAGAAGGAAAAACUGGUCCUGUCUGAGGACUGCGAGCUCAUCACCAUCGUGGCGGUGGUUCCGGGUCGUCUGGAGGUCACCACCCACCACCUGUACUUCUACGACGGCAGCAGCGAGAAAGAGGAGACGGAGGAGGGAAUCGGUUACGAUUUCAAGAGACCUCUGUCGCAGCUCCGAGAGGUCCACCUGAGGAGAUACAACCUGCGGCGGUCUGCGCUGGAGCUGUUCUUCAUCGACCAGGCUCACUACUUCAUCAACUUCAGAAAAAAGGUACGGAACAAGGUGUACUCGAGGAUCCUCGGCCUGCGACCCCCGAACCUGUUUUAUUUUGGCUCCCGCUCCCCUCAGGAGCUCCUGAAGGCCUCUGGCCUCACUCAGAAAUGGGUUUGUCGAGAAAUCUCCAACUUCGAGUACCUGAUGCAGCUGAACACCAUCGCCGGGCGCACGUACAACGACCUGUCUCAGUACCCUGUGUUCCCCUGGGUUCUGUGUGACUACACCUCCUCCGUCCUGGAUCUGGAGGACCCCUUGGUUUUCAGAGACCUGUCUAAACCCAUAGGUGUGGUCAACUCGCGCCACGCGCUGUGCGUCAAAGAAAAGUAUGAGAGCUUCGAGGACCCGACAGGCACCAUCGACAAAUUCCACUAUGGCACACACUACUCCAACGCAGCCGGAGUCAUGCACUACAUGAUCCGAAUGGAGCCGUUCACCACGCUGCACAUCCAGCUGCAGAGUGGAAGGUUCGACGUUGCAGACAGRCAGUUCCACUCGGUGGCAGCGGCCUGGCAGGCCCGCAUGGAGAGUCCGGCUGACGUCAAAGAGCUCAUCCCGGAGUUCUUCUACUUCCCAGAAAUCCUGCAGAACAUGAACGGCUUCGACCUGGGCCGUCUGCAGAUCUCUCAGGACCCGGUGACGGACGUGGAGCUGCCUCGCUGGGCCACGUCGAAGGAAGACUUCAUCAGGAAACACAGGAAGGCCUUGGAGUCUGACCACGUUUCCAAUCACCUCCACGAGUGGAUCGACCUGAUCUUUGGUUACAAACAGAGAGGAGAAGAAGCCGUGAAAGCUCUGAACGUCUUCUACUACUGCACCUACGAGGGUGCCGUAGAUCUGGACGCAAUCGCCAACGAGAACGAGCGGAAAGCUUUGGAAGGCAUCAUCAGCAACUUUGGUCAGACGCCCUGUCAGCUGCUGAAGGAGCCUCACCCCACCCGCAUGACGGCCCAGAACGCCUCCCGGCGACAGUCCCGCCUCGACAACCUGCCUGCAAACAUCUUCGAGCAUCUCAAYAAACUCCGGCCGUUCGUGGAGGUGGUAAGCGAUGGAUUUCCUCUCGUCCAAGCGGUGGUACCAAAGAGCCAGAAUCACUCCUUCAUCAUGCAGGGCUCCGACACCCUGGUGACGGUGAGCUCCAAUGGUUUGAUCGGAACCCACAGCUGGUUGCCGUAUGACAAAAACAUCACCAACUACUUCACCUUCACUAAAGAUCCAACGCUGACCAACGCCAAGACUCAGCGUUUCCUCAGCGGGCCGUUCUCUCCCGGAGUGGAGCUCAGCGCUCAGGUGCUGGUGGUCUCCAACGACGGGCGCCUGCUGUUCAGCGGCGGACACUGGGACUGCAGCCUCCGCGUCACCCAGCUGGGGAAAGGGAAGCUGGUGGGCCGGAUCUGCCGUCACAUCGACGUGGUCACGUGCCUGGCUCUGGACCUGUGUGGCAUCUACCUCAUCUCCGGGUCACGGGACACAUCCUGUAUCGUGUGGCAGGUUCUGCAGCAGGGUGGAUUCUCCAGUGGCCUGUCUCCUCGGCCGGUGCAGMUUCUGUGUGGACACGACCAGGAGGUGACCUGCGUGGCCAUCAGCACUGAACUGGACAUGGCUGUCUCAGGGUCAAAGGAUGGAACUGUGAUCGUUCACACGAUCCGGCGAGGACAGUUCCUGCGGACGCUGCGGCCUCCGGGUGAAAGCUCCGUGCCUUCGCAAAUCUCCGAACUCCAAGUGGGCAUGGAAGGUCACAUGGUGGUGCAGACCUCUCAGGAGGAGCGCCCCCACAGGAAGGGCAAGUACUCUGUUUACGUUUACUCUGUGAACGGCCAGCUGCUGUCCUCCUUCACCACGGAGGAGCAGAUGAGCGCGCUCCUCCUGGUGUCUGAAUACGUCAUCCUGGGGACCAGGCAGGGCAGCCUCCACAUACGAGAUUUAUUCAGUCUGGAUGCUUUGAUCACUCCUCUGGCCCUGAGGGUCCCAGUGAGGAGCGUGUCCGUCACCAAGGAGUUCAGCCACGUCCUGGUGGGGCUGGAGGACGGGAAGUUGAUCGUGGUGGGGGCGGGGAAGCCAGAGGAGGUUCGCUCAGGACAGUUCUCCCGCCGCCUGUGGGGCUCCACGCGCCGCAUCUCUCAGGUGUCGUCGGGCGAAACGGAGUACAAUCCCACCCAGAAUGUCGGCAAAUGAGAGGCGGGACAAUCAGAGGAGCGAACGCUCAC